AUGGGGCUCUUGACGAUAAUCAGGAAGAAUAGGCAGAAGGAAAAGGAGAUGCGCAUCCUCUUCUUAGGACUCGACAAUGCGGGAAAGACAACAAUUCUGAAGAAACUGAACGGGGAGGACAUCAUGGGUAUAAGCCCAACACUUGGCUUCAACAUCAAGACGUUCGUUCACCGGAAAUAUACAUUGAACAUUUGGGACGUUGGUGGCCAACGCACGCUUCGACCAUACUGGCGGAACUACUUCGAGCAAACCGACGCGCUCGUGUGGGUGGUAGACUCUGGUGACCGCAUGCGAAUACGCGAUUGCAAGGAGGAGCUUCACAGCCUUCUACUGGAAGACAGAUUGGCUGGUGCCUCCCUGUUAGUAUUUGCAAACAAACAGGACAUACAGGGCUCUAUGAGCAGCACCGAAAUACGUGAUGCCCUUGACCUGCUAGCAAUCAAGUCACACCACUGGAAGAUAUUGCCGUGCAGCGCUGUUACAGGUGAGAAUCUGAUCGAGGGCUUAGACUGGGUCGUGGAUGAUGUCGCAGGUCGGCUGUACUACUCGACAGUCGUGGAAGAAGUAGCACCUCAGCACAGAGCCGAAUCUUUGCGUGUACACUAGCCUCGCUAUAUGAGUACGACCAUUUAACUAUU